ACGAUGAAGACCCGACCCAAACAAGUGCGGACUUCGGGGAACGUAGGCACGUAGGACUGGAAACUGGGAACAGGACAAGAAGGACGCAGCGUGAAUGGCUCCGAUGGUGAAGUGAGAUGGUGCAACGAUGACGAAGAGGAAAAAGAAGCCAUUGGGUGCUGCUAGGAAGGUAGGUAGAUGCUAGAUUUCUUACACCAAAGCGAAGCAGCGAAUAAGCGUGUAGCGCAACGCAAAGACCGACCCGUUUGGAUUGGCUGGCUGCACGUAUGUUUUUCGGUUCAGUUCAGCUUAGUUCGUUGUUUGGAAACGAUCGAAAAUUUAUUGGACUGGAGAAAGGCAGAGAAGCAAGCAAACUGGUUCUUAUUGCGUCGAUUCAAUUGAUUGCACUUUAGCCAAAUGGAGUUGUACUAUUCGCAUGCAUCGGCUCCCUGUAGGGCCGUCCAGAUGACUGCUUUGGCCCUCGGAGUUCAGCUCAACCUGAAGGAGAUCCAUUUGAUGAAUGGGAAGGAUAAUCAACGUCCAGAUUAUGGCCGGAUCACGCCUCAACACAGCAUUCCAACGCUGAAGGACAAAGAUCUCAUCCUGUGGGAAAGCAGAGCCAUUCAGAUGUAUUUGGUCCAACAGUACGGCAAGGACGAUAGCCUCUACCCGAAGGACCCCUCAAAGCAAGCCAAAGUCAACGAAAGACUGUUCUUCGACGCGUGCAUUUUGUACCACAGAUUCGCCGAAUACUACCACGAGCAGGUCUACGGAGGACUGGAGGGAGACGACAAGAAGCUGGCGGCGCUGGAAGAUGCGGUGAAAAUGCUGGAUCUAUUUUUAGAAGGACAGCCCUACGUAACGGGGGAGGCCAUGACGAUUGUCGACCUGAGCAUGCUGGCAACGGUUGCCACGAUGAACUGCCUCGGCUUCGAGCUGAAGCCUUAUCACAACGUGUUCGAAUGGUACAAACACAUGAAGGAUGUGGCCCCGGGGUCGAAAUUCAACGAAGCCGGCGCGAAGGAAUUUGCAGCAUUCAAAUGACCGGGUGAAGGACGGGAAGGUGAUAUACAUUCAAUUCAUAUUUUCAUUUUUUUUUUGUAUUAACAUUAAACGUAGAGUUUUAUUUACACUUAA